GCGAGUUGGCAUGGCGGCAGAGCACGGGGUCCGCGCCCGCCAGCCAACCCCGUCCACGACCAGCCCAAUAGUGGGCCAGGCGCGAGCGAGUAGCGGCCGUGUGUGCCGGUGCUACCCGCGGUGACUGUCAGGCCGCCGAACCCACCGGACCGCGCGGCAGAGACCGACGACUGGGCGAACCACCACAGCUCUGCGCGCGCCUGGCCAAGCAGUGCAUGCGACGGCACCGCAGACGCACCGACGCCCACCAGCCCACCAUGGGCACCACCCGGACCACCCGCCCACCAGCAUCAGGUGCAGAGUGACGAGACGACCUCCUGAGAGCCGGCGCGCUGUCCUGCUUUCAAAGGACACUAUCCUACCUCCACCAUGGUGGUCGCCGCGAGACUAGGCUGGCUCAAAAAGCACUCCUCCGAGCUGCUGGUGGCCAUGGCGGCGUCACUGGGCUACAUGACGAUCGGCCUGGUGCGCGGCUGGUCGUCGCCCGGCCUACCUUCCAUGACCGAGCUGAACCCUGAGCUCGUCCCCAACGAAGAGAUCGUCUCCUGGGUCA